AUGAACGAAUGCAAUCCAAAUUCCUUCGAUCGAAAUACCAACAACGAUAGAUUUCGAUCUUCAUUCCCUAAUUUCAUCUUCACAGGUAUGAAUUCCAACAAUUUGGAUUCAAUUUUCUCGAAUCGUUCAUCAUCGUCAUCAUUGGCGAUCCCUGAUCUUCAAGAACAAUCUGGUUCUUCAGUUUACCUGAAACAGAUAGAUCGAUUCUUCAAGUUAUCUGGAAAUUUGGACUCGAAAUCGCAAAUAACUACAAACCCAGUUGGAUUUCGUCACUAUUUGAUCAAUCCUAACAAGAAAAAGAAGCUGUAUCGGGGCGUAAGGCAGCGGCAUUGGGGGAAAUGGGUGGCGGAGAUCCGAUUGCCGCAUAAUCGGAUGAGGGUGUGGUUGGGAACUUACGAGACCGCGGAGAUGGCGGCGUUUGCUUAUGAUCGGGCGGCGUAUAAGAUUCGUGGGGAACAUGCUCGUCUGAAUUUUCAAGAUUCGGCGGCUGUGGUGGGGUUGAUCGGAGAUUGGCGGAGGUUGAAUGCUUUGAAGACAGCGGUGGAUGAUAAGAUUCACGCGAUUUAUCAGAAGGUGAUGAAAGAGAAAGGUAAGAAAAGGGAGGUGAGAGAGAGGGUUCCGGCGGCGGUUUAUGGUGGUGGUGGUGGUGAGAAUUUUGGCGGGAGUAAUACGGGGUGGUUGGAGGAUGGGUUUUUGAAGGGAGAGAAUUCCACGAGUUCUUUUCCCGACAACUUGCCGCUGAUUGCCGCCACCACAACGACGGUGGCGGCAGAGGACGUGGUGUUAGAUGGUUGUUCGUUGGCGGGAAUGCCUUCUUAUGAUCCCGAUUUGAUAUGGGAAGUACUUGCGGGCUAG